GGGUAAGGCCCAAAAUGGCUCUGUACAGCUAGUACCCGUGUGAAGCCAGCGCGGGCCGUUCUGGUUGUCUCCUUGACGGUUACGUCUGGUUAGCACUCUGUGCUAGGGCGGUGUUCUAUUGUAGAAAAGAGACGAGAACAAUGGCAGGGAGCCUCGCUCUGUGUGCAGGAAGGCGCCUAUGGAGCUGGGUGCCCCUGGCCUGCAGAAGCUUCUCUCUGGGUGUUCCUGGAAUGUAUUUUGUGAGGGUCACGGUCCCACCCCGCAAAGUGGUUGAUCGUUGGAACGAGAAGAGGGCUAUGUUCGGGGUGUAUGAUAACAUCGGGAUCCUGGGAAAUUUUGAAAUGCAUCCCAAAGAACUAAUCAGAGGGCCUAGGUGGCUUCGAGGCUGGAAGGGGAAUGAAUUGCAGCGUUGUAUCCGAAAGAAGAAAAUGGUUGGAAAUCGGAUGUUCUCUGAUGACCUGCACAACCUGAACAAACGCAUCAAUUAUCUCUACAAAUACUUUAACCGACGUGGAAAGUUCCGAUAGAGGAGAAUGCUGGGGACAGUGGAAGAGGCAUAUCUAUGAGAAUAAAAAUGGCACUUUUCAUUGUGAGGAAAGGGAUUUGUGUGCUCUCCAUAAUAAAAUGGGGCUUCUUUAAAAUUUGUUAUCCACACACUUUAUUUUCCUCUAAAUGCUACUUUUACUCAUUCAUGUAGACUUAUCCCUAAGUCUUACAGUCUCAGAUUUGGACUUGACCACUUGCCCUUUGCAGUCUAGACAUACCUGUGGCAUUUAAAAAGUAAAAAUUAUUGUUGGCACUUUUUGACGUGGUGAUUUCAUGUAUUGAAAGUGAUAUUUUCAGUUGCCCCAUAAUACUAAAUGUUAAAUAUAUAUUUGAAAACCCUUUCACACUGGAAUUAAAUGUAACAAAAGUGGAAUUAUAUUUCUGUACUAGUCUCAUCAAAAAUAUUUAUUGGGUACUUUUUCUGAGCUGAGAAUUGUAGAAGAAAUAAAAAAGUGUAAUAUGUUCUUUACCCACUCCCUGCAUAUGAUUUUCUAGUUAGGAUAUAAAAUUAAUAGUUUCACAUGUACACUUUAAUAUGAGGCAUUAAGUACCAUAUGAAUGCUUUGCCUGGCUGAUCAUCAGAAUCAUCUUGGUAAUUUAACAAUUUCCAAAGUCUGGUCCCUGUCCCCAAAGAUCUGUGAUCUGUGGAGCUGAGGUGAGUCUUACGCAUCUGUGUGUGUGUGUUCAAUAAAAAAAAAAAAUAAUCUAUACAUACAAUGCAAAUUUGAAAAUUACAAAAGGGUAAUCAGAUGAAAAAAUUUCUCCUCUGAUUUUUUUGUUGUUCCUUCACAGGGGCAACCACUCUUAAAGGAUUCUUCUUAUUUCACAUAUACUAUGCAUGUACAAGUUUCUAUUAAAAACUGUAUCUCCUUCAACAAAAAUUGGAUUUUAUAAACA